UCUGGGUUUGUUUUUUCAGGAAUUUCUGACAGGCCUGUCGAUGAUGACGAGAGGUCCGACAGUUGAUAAGCUUCGAUGGACUUUCAGACUGUACGACAUUGAUCAGGAUGGCCGCAUCGGACGUGAUGAAAUGCGGGAGAUAAUACACUCCAUUUACCUGAUGCUUGGACGAUACACGGAACCCUCCGUCCACGAAUUCACGGCAAAACAUCACGCAGACCAAGUCUUCGAAAGGUUGGAUCUCAACCAAGAUGGCUACGUUACAUUCGACGAAUUCCUGGAAUGUUGUCAAAAG